AUGACACAACAGCUGAACAACGAGAAUAUGGGCAAAUGCAUCCCAAAUCCCAACGCCGAACGUGUGGAAUACAAAGACUUGGAUCCCGCACAGAAAGAGCUCAGAGUGAUUAUGCGCACAAUAAAACAGGACCCUACUCUCAUGGGCAUUGAGCAUCUCGGCCGAGAUGGCAUUUACCGCUCUCUCACAGCCGACCGUGAAGUUGUGGACGCCGUCCCAUUCUCUCCCGCGCUCAUAAAGGCCAUACUCGACCGUUUUCCGUACAAUGAAGAAGGCGAGAAGGUGUUUCGCGGGGUCGACGGGAACAAAACACCUCAGGAGCAGUGGUACAAGCCUUUGGCUGGGAUACUGCCCCCGCCGCUGGAGGAGAAACACCGUGAGAGAUCGGAGGAAAAGCUUGAGGAGAAUAGAAGGUGGUACUAUGAGAAGAGGAAGAAGUUGGAGACUGAGGGCGUUGAGAAGGAUGCGGUUUAUUUAAUGUCAGAUCAUGACCUUGGGCCAGGGGCGGGGAAGCGCAAGCCAGAAAAGGUAUCAGACUCUUUGUAA